ACGUGGUCAGAGCUGUAGGUCAGCGCAGGUGCAGCAACUGCCUAUAUCUUGCGGUUCAUCACAGAAACUCUGUCCGAAGAGGCGAAUUCCCUCCGGCGGGAGUUUUCCAGGCAACAUUGUCAACUCCGUCCUUGAAAAACUAUUUUUUUGCGAGACUCCAUAAAGAAUCCGUUUCACAGAGUUGUUUCGCCUCGAGCCUGAAAUAGCUCAUUCCCCUCGAGGAUGAGUGCGCCUCGUCUGAUCUUGUAGGAGGCCUUUUGUCUCCUUCGUCGGACGGUUCUGCUAUCCUUGAUGAGCUCUCCGAAGGCUCGUCCAGCUGAGAGAGAGUCUCUCCGUGGACAAUGAUACGUACGUUGAACGGAAUACAUGAGCGAGUUUCCGUUUCCGAACACUCAGAGAGUUUCCGUUCCAGAUGGAUGAAUCGUCCGCCACAUCGGGACGAAACGUAUAUCCCCACGAGAAUAGAACACGCGGCCAACAUAUUAACUCACUUGCUCGUCAUCGUUCCAAGCUUCAAAGGAACAGCUAUCCUAGUUCAAGGGUCUGAGUCGACAGUUCAAAAACUUUGUGCUAUCGUAUAUGGAUGUGCACUCAUCGCACUCUUCCUAGUAUCGAGCAUCUUCCAUAGCAUAUGCGCAAGCGGAGGCAACGCACAUCUUAGACGCGUUUUCCAUCGAUUGGAUCGUGUGACUAUAUAUCUGUUCAUAGCUGCUACAUAUACACCCUGGCUCGUUCUGAGAGACUUCCACACCCGAUGGGAUCGAUAUCAGAUCUUCAUGGUGUGGACAUUCUGUUUCUGUGGUAUCUUGUACCAGCGCAAGUUCCACGACAGACACAAAACGCUGAGCGUAAUUAUGUAUUGCGCGAUAGCCAUCUUCCCGAUAAUGACGGUGCUAAACAUGAAGCCACUCAGCGGGAUCGACGAGUUAGCUGUCGGUGGAGGAAUUUACCUAUUCGGCGUGCUAUUUUUCAAGAUGGAUGGUCGUGUACCCUUAGCUCACGCGAUUUGGCACCUUUGCGUCGAUGCGGCUGCCUACGUUCAUUUCACGGCGAUAGCAAAUAACCUUUACGAUGUUACCCCUAGUCAGAGAUCGAUUGAUCACUUGUUGAAAAAAUGAGUUGAGCCAUCGACCCAAUGCUUGGCUGCUUUUCCACGACCUUCAGACAAGCAUGACAAACUCUAGAUAGCCGAUCAAGGAUAUCGGAGGUGCGGCACUCAUCAGCUCUCACAGAGCACUUUGCGAGAGGAUGCAUUGCUCAGAGGACGCAGAAUCAGACUUCGAAGCAUUGGUUCCCUCUGAUUCCUACGAAAGUGACCUUCCCAAUAAUAAGUCAUUUCCAGCGAUGACCGUCUUCGUCGUCCAUAUAUCAAGGAAUCGCUGCUACGCUUCAGCCUCUUAGUUCCAGGUUUUCGCGGUGCGACGCAGAAUUGAAUCCGGAGCCUGAAGUAGUCAAUCGAAUACGUAUGAUAAUAAUAAUAAUAAUU